UUUGCCACAUGAAUUAGUUUAAGAUUGUGAGUGCAAUCGGUUAGACCAACUUAUAUUUUGAACUGAUUUUAUUUCUGUGCCAUAUUCCAAUAAGGCAGUUGGCAGUACAAAUAUGCAUACCUUCAGUUUGGUCCUGUUGGCCCUCCUUCCUGUGGUAACCCUCGCUGUUUGGGACAAACCGGACCUGUCACUACUGCAUGCAUACCCAAACAUUUUUGAGGGAGAACGAAUCUUCUCCAUAGCAUUGAUGAAACAGAUCCGAGAGAUGUACCCUGAAGGCAAUCUGUUCUUCUCGCCGUUCAGCACCUAUAACGCUCUGCUCCUCGCCUACUUCAGUGCCUCCGAGGAUACGGAACGUGAGCUGGCCCAGGCACUGAAUUUGGGAUGGGCAUCCAGCAAGCAGCAGGUCCGGUCUGCGUACAUAUUGGGAAAGAGGCAGGACGAAAACCGGUUCCACCAAAGCCCCAUGGUUCUCUCGUCUGUGAACCGCAUUUUCGUCGACAAGACGGUAAAUGUUUCCAGCAAAUUUAACACAUUACUCUUCGGUGAAACCGAGGAGUUGGACUUCAAGAAUGAACCGGAGAGUUGCCGUAUGCAAAUAAACGACUGGAUCGCCCAGAGGACGCACAACCAGAUCCGCGACAUGCUCAGCUCCAAAGAGAUCAAUUCCCGCACCAUGAUGGUGCUGGGAAACGCCGCCUACAUGAAGGGCCAGUGGCUCAGCCAGUUCAAGGUGGAGGAAACCUCCUUGAAGCCCUUCUACAUAAACGAGUAUGAGAAGGAGAUGGUUUACAUGAUGCACAAGACGGGCCCCUUCAGGAUGACCAUUGAUGAAGGCUUGCAAUCGCAAAUCAUCAAGCUACCUUACCGCACCAUAUACCAGUCGGCGGAGACUCACAUUUCCACGCCGGAAAAAAAAUCCGAUAUCUCCAUGCUGAUCAUUCUGCCGUACUCCAAGGAAAUGCCUCUAAAUGAUGUAAUAUCCAAACUAAAUGCCGAUUCCCUCAAGCAAUUGCUCCAACAGGCAAUGCCGCAGGAGAUCGAGUUGUCGCUGCCCAAGUUCCAGUUUGAGCAGCGUCUGGCACUGACCCCGAUCCUUGGCCGAAUGGGACUGAACAAAAUGUUUUCCAAAGAUGCCACCUUCGGUGACCUGACUUCUGAUCGCAUGUCCCUUGCCAUCGAUGAGGCCCAACAUCUGGCCAAGAUUCAGGUGAACGAAGUGGGCAGCACUGCAGCCGCGGCCACCAUCCUCUUUGCCAGCCGAUCCGCCAGGCAGCCCGAUCCCAGCAAAUUCAACUGCAACCAUCCGUUCGUGUUCCUCAUCUAUGACGAAAGGGUCAACACCAUCCUGUUUGCAGGCGUCUAUAGCAAUCCCAGAGAAAUGGAGCAGUACAAGUGAUCUAAAAUAACAAAAUAUAUGCUCUAUUAAACUUCAA